AUGGUGCCGACAAUCGGACCCAGCAAAGCCAAAAUCAAAUGUCAUCAUAGCGGUUCCCCGCCAUGUCGAUCCUGCUCGCAGAAUCCUGAGCGAGAAUGUAUCCUGACCAGACCAAGGCAUCAAUCGAAUCGACCCAGGAGAGAGGGCUUGGCCAGAAGCACUGAACGACAAGGUGGAAUUCAAGACGCAGGCGCUGCCUAUGCAGCCCCCUACACAAAUUCCACAAGCGGCCGACUAGCUUUAGUCGAGGGUGAUGUGGGCUCCAAGCGAGAUCAAGGUACCAAACCGACCCAAGACCACGACCCUUUGACAAACUUGGAUCAAGAGCUACUUGAAAAGGCAUUCCGUAUAUAUGUCAGACAGUUCCCUGAAUUCGGGUUCUUCCACCAGCCUACCUUCUUGAAACUUUUCGACAGCAAGGCUAUUCCCAACUUACUACUCUGUGGCAUUUUGUCCCUGAGUGCCCGAUUUAUUCCGGAGCUGGUCCAAAUCUACGGAACUCCUUGGAAAGCAUCUGAAACUUUCGCAAAUCAUGUUCGUCAGACUAUCAUGAGCCAUGUUGCGACGGCCAUGGAUAUCAAUACGGGUCAGACGUUAUUAAUGCUGAGUUUGUAUGACUGGGGCAACGGCAACGGCUCCCGGGCCUGGACGUACAACGGCAUGGCCACGCGCAUCGUUCAUGGCAUCUACGCGCAAGCCAAGGAAUCUGCAGUCGCCAAAGAUUCCCUUCACAACAAUAUCCGGCUUGAGGAAGCAUGUCGUACUGCCUGGGCGUGUUUUCUACUUGACUCGAUGAUUGGGUGUGGCAAAUGCCAGGCGUCCAAUUUCUCGAUGAGUAUCAGUGGAAUCCCACUGCCCUUGAACGAAGACCACUUUGCUUUCGGGUAUGGCCCAGAGUCUAGGCCUUUGUUUCUUACGAUGUGGGACCUCGAGAACAAUGACUACGACUCACCGAGCCUUUCACCGCAACCCAAGAUUGGAUGUGAUAGUGGUCUCACUUUGAUCAUCCAAGGCUUUCACAUUUGGCAGACUAUUUCUUCCUGGGUCUCCUCUGGCGGAAGACGACGCGAGACAUCGUCGUCUAGGGAGCCGCCAUGGCGAAGCCGCUCGUUUUGGUCUCGCAGCAUGGCUGCGCUGGAGGACUGGCGAGCAUCGCACUCACCACAGGUAAUCUAUUCCUCGUCGAACAUGAAUCUGAAUAUCUAUAUCUCCCGCAACGAAGGAGAACGCUUCGCCGUAAUUAACCUCCUCUACUACCUCAGUCUGAUCUUUCUCCAUCGAGAAUACAUUCCUUUGAUACCUUACUCCACUAGCUGUCCACGAGGCCCGGUUGAUCCACCAUUGUUGCUGGAAGAGGCUCCAGCUGGGUGGUGGGAUCGGAGUGCGCAAGCCUUGCUGGAAGCUGCAUCGAAUAUCAUUCAUAUUAUGCAGGAGCUCGACUCGCGCCGGAUAUAUUUUCAGACCCCCUUCACAAGCUUCUGUGUCUUCAGCGCGAUGACAACACUUGCGUACGCAAUUGCAUGGCCGCAUAUGGUGCCCGGCCUCGACAGCCAACUUUCAUCGAAUCUGUACUCUUGGGGUGCGGCGUGGUUGCGCCAGUCGUGCAAACUCUGGAAGGUGUCGAAUGGCUGGUAUAGGACUCUGCUCACAAUGUACCAAGCCUACAUGCAAGUCAAGGUCGACCCAUUACAGCACGCGACCGUGAGAUGGGACGUAUUUCCCGAAUUGGAAGAGAAUAUUCAGAGGCUAGCCGGGUCGGAGGCUGUUGAUCUGGCGCGUAUUCCGACUGCGAACAUCCUCUUACUGCUACAGAGACAGCAAAGGCCAAUUUCACACGGCGGCCAGGGAAACACCCGGCUGGACACUGAAUUUCCUACAGAUGGCAUACGUAGCUUGCGAGCGCAGGAAAUAUUCUCACACCAACAGGGCGAGCCCGGGCAAGAUCCUCUCGGGGCGAUAAGGCCUCCCAACUCCGAGCCCGUCUUGGACCAGGACUUGAUCGCAAGCAUACUGUCAGACCCUUCUGGUGACGGGAUCGGGCUGCUUUUUGAUACUACACAGGUCUUUGAGCAUUGA